UUUAGGCAGUAGUCAUUUAGCCUGCUGCUCUUCCGCCCACCGGCUGCUGCCUAGCCAGAGCCGGGACAUUAGGAUGGGAAAAGUCUGGGACAAUCUGCUGCUCGGGUGAAGGAUAAAGAAUAAGGCAGUACAGCUGUGUGGUGUGAGCAGCACAUGGAGGGAGCCCCGUGACACAACAUCCAUCUGUGGAGCUGCAGAAACAUCCCUCAGCAUGGCAGCUCGGGAGCAGUAGAAAUGCUGAGGAACAAAGAAGGCUGCACACUUUGAAGUGCUGAGGAAGAAGUCGCUCCUCUGGAAGAUCUCUGGAUCUCUGCAUCACGUGUUGCCGACGAGGAGCUCAGAUCCAAGGCAAAUUACAAAUUACACAAACUUGAUAUUGAGCUCAGCCUGUCAUGGUGGUUAUACUGUGUACCUAUGCUUGACAAACACCUGUUAAACUGGGAUGGAUGUGUUUACUGUAUGCAGUGUGGAUGUGGACCACCCAAAAACAAAGUGCUCAACAUUUUUCGAACGUCUCACUGCGUUUAAAAAUUCGCUAAUCUGGAAGGUAAACUUGUGUCUUAGUGGCCAAAUUAAAUCCUUCAGAGUGAAAAAAAUAGUGGAAGGUCCGUGGUUGUGUAGAAUAUCACAAUUCAACUGAAAAAGCUGCAUUUUCAGUAUAGAUUUGUUUAGUUUUUUAACAGAUGAAGGUAGGCUCCAAACAGCAGCCUUAUUCCUCACCUGCUGCGGUGGCUGGCGCAGGCUCAGCCCUCCUGUAUAAUUUGGGAUGUCUAAUUGCUCUUUUAGGAUAUUUCAGAAGAGGAGUUCAGAGGAGAGAGCUGUUCCGCACUCAGCCACUAUGUAAUUUUAUCCACGCCGCUGUCUCUCACUUCACACAGGGCUGAUACCUUUUGCCUCCCCCUUUCCUUUGUAUCAAUUGGUCGGAGUUCAGCCUAUUGUCGCCACAAGCUUCUUUUAUAUCUGCGUUCAGUCUGAGCAGAGGCUCUUAGUCAGGUCCACAGGAGGGCUUUCCAGUAACAGAGGCGAGGAGGAUCCCACCUCGGGGCGGCUGUGCUGUCAGAGGUGCCUGUCGGGCUCGGAUGUACGCAGGGCUGGGGCUCUCCAGCGCUUUGGCCCCGACACUUUAAUGGGACCCCGGGAGCCGGGCAGGAGUUCUCCUUUUUUUUUUUUUUUGCCACUAUCGUAGCUCUCCGGCCAUGCCACAAUGCUGAUGAUUCCUCUGCUGGUGUUGCUGAGCCUGUUGGAUCCCGUUUGUCCCCAGGCCCGCUGCGCACCGGGCCAGGCUUGCGACCCCCGGCAUCGGAGGGAUGCCGGGGGCCGCGGAGGAGUGUAUGAACAUCUCGGAGGAGCGCCGAGACGCAGGAAACUUUACUGCGCUACUAAAUAUCACUUACAGAUCCAUCCUAACGGAAAAAUAGAUGGUUCACUGGAGGAAAACAACCCGUUCAGCAUCAUGGAAAUCACAGCAGUGGAUGUGGGUGUUGUGGCCAUAAAAGGGCUUUUCUCUGGCAGAUAUCUGGCCAUGAAUGAUAAAGGACGGCUGUAUGCCUCGUGUUCAACAAAGAAUGUGAGUUUGUGGAGCGGAUCCAUGAGUUGGGGUACAACACCUACGCAUCCCGUCACCACUCUACAGAGCAGCCGCUGCCACCAGGAGGUGGCAGCAACAGCAAGCGUCGAGCCAGCGCCAUGCGUCAGUGGUACAUUUCCAUUAAUGGCAAAGGGCGGCCGCGGAGAGGCUUUAAGACCCGAAGCACAGACAAGGCUUCACUCUUCCUGCCCCGGGUGCUGGGCAACAAGGACCAUGAGAUGGUGAGGCGGCUGAGGGACAGUCCAGGCUCACACCAUCACACACAUCACCAUGGUCGCCGUGGCGAACGCCGGAGCCGUAGACAUCGUGCCAGGAAAGGCCAGGUUCGACAGCUAGAUGACUCUGUAGACUUUUAGAGGCAGUUUCCAACCUCAUGGUCUUAAGACUCCUCUAAACAUGGACCUCUGAACUCAGCACAUACUGUAGCUUGACUGCAAUGGAGGAUGUGGAAAAAUGACUGGAUCCUGCCUGCCUGGAUUAGUGGAAGUUUUUGCCUCUGCACAGAGAAAAAAAUAGGAGGGAAAAUCGAAGGCCACCCCAAGUGUUGGGGCACAUAUUUUAAAUCUUCCACUUUGUUAAGACUUUGACUGUUACACAUUCCACAGCUGUAUAAUCAUCUAUUUACUGAUGUCUGACUUCUUCAGAAUGCUACUGUCUUUUAAACAAAUGUGUUAACUUCAAUAGCUGAAAAACUUCCAACUUAUUUUUAAUAAGUUCUACUUUAUACAAGCUAUCAUUUUACCAUCAACUUCGCACAUAUUUUUUUCUUUGAAAAGUAGAUGUUUUUGUAAAUACAGUUUGCAUGUACAGCAACGUUAUAGCUUUAUAUUUGUCGAAAGCUGAGAUGACAAACAGAAUAUAACUUUUUUGCUAUUCUGAAGUGCUAACAAACAUGAUGGAUACUGAAGAGAGGACUUUACAGAUCAAAGCACUUUUUUUUGUCAGAUUCAUGUUAAAAAAACAGGAGAAGUGAGUGUGAGACACGUUCCACUGUUUGUUUUUACGACUUUCUUACAAUGUGAUAGUCUACUGUCUGUAAACUGAAAGAAGUACUUUGUAUAUUUUACUAAUGAUAUGAAUAUUUAUUUGGUG